AUGCUCGCGCCCCCCUCCCCCACGAAGACGGACCGCGGCCGCGUGUCCUUCGCGCGCAAGGCGACCUAUUCGGAACUCACGGCGAGCGCGACGCCGAGCAUCGUUUCACGCUUACCGCCCGGCUCGUUGCACGGCGUCCGCCGCGACACCUCGAUUGAUGCGGGCCCCGCAUCAAAAUGGCUCCGCGACGGUUUAUCAUCAGCGGCCGAUGCGAAUGAAGCGCUGCGCGUGGUCGAGACGAUUUUUAUCAGUGACGGGGUGGUCACGGAUUGGUUGGGGUGUACGCCGCAGGGCAUACUCAAGAGGAGGCCCACGCCUUCAAGAAAGGACGCCUGGCCGGCCGUCUUCCGGGCGCUCGGCCCGAAGCGCGACCUGGAAAUAAGGAACGCGACGCGGGCUCGGAGAGCGUCGGAGUUAGCGCGGAAGAAGAAAGUGGCCAUUGUCUGGUGCGACGACGGCAGCGGUUCUUUGAAACGCUACGGCCUCACGACCCAAGAACUUGAAAUAUUAUGCUGCUUCGAGCACCAGCGCGCGAACGACAACAAACAUUUGGGGAGUUGGGCCGUCGACUCCGAGCGAGCUAUCAGUGCAAGGCGCAUGGUCGUGGCGCUGCAACGGUAUGAACCACCACCAACAUGUUGCAAGGGCGCCGGCGUCUUCACGCAGUCCUACGAGCGGGGACGGCCUCGACCGAUUCUGACGUCCGUCGAACUACGAACAAAACUGAAAACGCCGACGUGCGAGGACUGCCCCGAAUCGCUAUUACCAGGCCCCGUGCUCGACGCGAAGGACGAAGCUGCGGCAAGGAUGCCGUGGGGCGCCCCCCAGAAAGAGCACCUCGAGAACGAGUCCCUGUUACAAGAGGAGGCGCCGCCCGUUAUUGGUAGCGUGGCGAGCGGCACGGCGUCGCAACUGCGAGACGCGGGUUUAGCUGUCCCUGUUGGGGGCGAGUUCCGCCGUCGAUUGGGCGACGCGAUCGAUAGUGUCGUAAGGGUGCUGCAGCGCCACACGAAAAGACGAGUUACAUCAAUAACCUGCGACUUUCUAUUUGGUGCCGACGAGGAAUGUUACUUGUUGUGCUGCCGGGGCGUGUCGCUCCUCGCUGUUAAAGCUAGACAUCUCCAGCCGCCGGCGCCGACGUCGCCGGCGACGGGGCGGUUGCUUCCCGUCGAAUUCACGGAGGAAUCAGAAGAAGAGGAGGAGCCGGAGCCGGAACCCGAGCCCGAGAAGUACGAAGUCUGGCAUCCACCCCCAGGCCAGGACUCGAUUCAUAAUAGGGCCAACUCCGCGUUCGAAGACCGGCAGUUCGUCGAAUGGCUCUGCGAGGUGAACGCGCCGCCCAGAUACGUGCCACCGAAAAAGAAGAGCGCUGUUAUGAGUUCGAAGAUGGUCGGCGUGCUGUCGCGCCGACUGACGAUGUCGCGCACUUCUAUAGCAGCAGCGAAGGAGGCCGCGCGUCUGGAGGAGGAGCGAAAAGAGGCCGAAGCUCGGGAACUCGCGGGCCCGCCGUCCGAGGCCGUCGUGGCCGCGCGCGAGAUCGAGGACACCGUCGCGGCGAUGGAGGCGAGGCUUCAUGAUAGGUUGUCCCGGUCGCUGAGGGGCGAGAAGGUGUGCAAACUGAACCACAGGCAGAUGCUGCGCCGCGUGAAGCAGGCGCUGCGGGCGCCCAAGGUCGUUCCCGCUUCUGGUGCGCCGGCGCCGGCGCCCGGGGGCGUGCCGGAGGCGCCGGUGCCGGGGUAAGUUUAUUGACUGUGUAUUAUUUAGUUUUAUCUGAACUUAGGAACUCCCCGGCGACGACGGCGUUUCGCGGGCGCGGAGCGCGGCUCGCGCGUUUUGCAGGGACUUCUCAGCCACCUUUGUGGUCGGGUGCGCGCCGCCGAACACGCGCCGCACGAUCCGUUCCGUGUCCUCGAGCGUCGUCACGGCCUCGCGGAGAUCGUCGAGCGUGGCGCUGUCGUCGCUGCGCGAACACGCGAAAGCGCGAGAGCGCCUCGCCGACGCCCGCGCGUCGUCCGAGCAAUUGGCGCUCGCGGCCCUCGCCUUCGUCGCCGCGGUGGCGUUCCUCGCCGGCCGCCGCUACCUCAGGAGGUAA